AAAACCUCCCCAAAACCAUCUAGGUCUUCCAAAUCUCGCAUCUCUCCAAUCCAAUCCCAAUCCAAUGACUCAAGCCCCAGGAGAUCCCUUCGCGUCGGGCUUCCCACACGCCGACGCCGCGCAAUCGAAGCCAAUUCCGACGUAUCCUCAACGCGUCAAGAAACAUCUCUUGCCGAUGAAGAAGAGGGCGACGACCACGAGCGACGGUAGCGACCGCAGCAGCGCCGACGAUUCGUUCGUCGUACCACCGAAGAAGAGGCGGGCGGUGGAUACCGGGGGCGAGGGCACCCCGGCUCAGAGGCGGCCUAGGCGAGUGGCGGCGUGCAACGCUGCGCACGUGAGCAUGGAGGAAGAGGAAGCCGGGACGUCGGCGGCCGGGGCGGCGGGAGCGAAGAAGAAGAACAAGAACAGGAAGAGGAAGAGGGAAAGCGGUAGAAAGAACGGACCGCGGCCGGCACGGAAGGCCUUCCCGCUGGUCAACAGGCCGCUGCACCUCAGCGAGGAGCAGCAGCAGCACCUCAGGGCGCUCGGAGCCACGGCCCCGCAGUUCGUCAUCAUGAAGACCCUCCACGGGAGCGACGUGCACCGCAACCAGAGCCGGCUCCUGUUCUCGUGCAAGCGCAAAUUCAUCCAAGCCCACCCCAUCACCGGGCUCUUGGCCGAGGAGGAUGCCUACUUCGUGCAUGAACGGUUCAAAGGGCUGAGCGUGAGCGCCUUUGACGGCCACAACAACGAGUUCAGCUUCGAUCUCAAGUACCUCGACUCCAAUGGCGGGUACCGCUUCAAAGGCAGCGGCUGGAACGAGUUCGUGGCCACCAACAACCUGGUUCAACUGGUAAAGAAGGAGCGUCUUCAUUUUGUCGUCGAGCUGUGGGCGUUUCGUUCGCCGAUGUUGCCAGCGCAGUCCGAUCCUCCCGACGUCGAGGGUCUGAAGGGCCACCCUGACGGCGCCCUCGGGUUUCACUUCCGGGUGUAUCAGGACGAGAGCAGGGACGCCCACCGCGGCGGCGGCGAGGAAGAAAGGGAGCUUGCGCCGUCGCCCGUCCAGAAGAGGACGAAGAGACAGGCACCGGCCAAGGCGGUGCGAUCAAAGAAGCUUGCGGGUGCGCGUGUGAGUCAGGACCAAGCCGUGGCGCGGGACGUGACGAGGGCUGAGAUAGUUGAGGCCGUUGGCGAGGAGAUGGCGGAUGCGUUGUUGGGGCUCUUGAUGCUUGCUAGGAGAAGAAUUUUGGCGCAUAACGCUCAGACCAUAUCGCAUUCGCACGCAUACGCAGAUUGUGCGACUCCAUAUGGCUCCCAAAACUUUGGGUCCUAAAUUUUCACACUAUGAAUUAUAAUCAUUAAUUU